AGUUAAACUGCAGGGCAACUGGUUUACCAGAGAAAGCCAGAGAAAGCAACAACUAAGAGAGCCCAGGGAUCACUACAACCACAAAGGCUACCUCUAAAGGAGCCUAAAUGAGAUUGGAUUACACUCUGGAGCAAUUCGAGUCCUCAGAGCACUCCAAAACAAUGGAGCAAACAAUAGGCAAUUAGUGGAGCCCAAUAGCUGGGUGUGAUACCAACAGAGUCAGGCUCUUACAGAGAGAUCUGGAAAAGAGAUAGCCAAAGAAAGCCUUGCUAAAACCACCAUGAUCCCAGGCAACUGUGUGCAUAGCCAGGGCUGUACCCUCUGAAGAGCUACUUACGAGGCUGCACCUCCUGAGGGAAAUGGACUUCACUAAAACAGUCCAGUCAGUGGCAGAAUGAGAAAUUUAGAAAAGAACAUGUUUACAAAAGAAGCAUUAGCUUUGGCUUGGCAAUAUUUUUUACCUCCCUACACCUUCCAGAUCAGAGUUGGUGCUUUGUAUCUGCUGUAUGGAUUAUAUAACACCCAACUGUGUCAACCAAAACAAAAGAUUAGAGUUGCCCUGAAGGAUUGGGAUGAAGUUUUAAAAUUUCAGCAAGAUUUGAUAAAUGCACAACAUUUUGAUGCAGCUUAUAUUUUUAGGAAACUACGACUAGACAAAGCAUUUCACUUCACAGCAAUGCCCAAAUUGCUAUCAUAUAGAAUGAAGAAGAAAAUUCAACGAGCUGAAGUUACAGAAGAAUUUAAGGAUCCAAAUGAUCGUGUAAUGAAACUUAUCACUUCUGAUGUAUUAGAGGAAAUGCUGAAUGUUCAUGAUCAUUAUCAGAACAUGAAACAUAUAAUUUCAGGUGAUAAAUCCAAUCCAGACAAAGCCCUCAGCUUAAUAAAGGGUGAUUUUUUUGACAAUAUUAAGAACAUAGUUUUGGAGCAUCAGCAGUGGCACAAAGACAGAAAGAAUCCAUCCUUAAAACCAAAAGCUAAAGAUGGAGAAGAAAGGAAAGAAGGAAAUUCACAAGAAUCAGAGAGAUGUGAAAGGGCAGAAUCCUUAGCAAGAAUAAAAUCAAAGGCCUUUUCAGUUGUUGCUCAGGCAUCCAAGUCAAGAAGGCACCGUCAAGUCAAACUUGACUCUUCUGACUCUGAUUCUGCAUCUGGUCAAGGACAGAUCAAAGCAACUAGGAAAAAAAGAAACAAAGAAACACUGAAAUCAGCAGGAAGGAAAAUGUCUUCCAAAAACAGAGAUGACACCCAGAACGUACAUAAAGAAGAUAAAUCUUUAAGGCUGAGUAUGCCUGUAAUUACCGAAGAGGAGGAGGACAAUGCAAGUUUUAGUGAAACAGAGUUUACUGCACCCAAGAGGAAAAGAAAAUCGAGAACAAAGAACCUGGUGUAGAGUUCUUAACUUGACCUUUCUGACAGAAGAAAAGAUUUAUAUUUUGAAUAUUGAACAGGAAGACUGCCAGUAUUAAAAAUAAUUCUUCUGGGAAACUGUAGGUUAUUUCUUUGAAAUAGCAGUAUCUUAACAUAGUUCUAGAAUAAAGGAACAUUAAAUUAGAAAUAAGAAUUUACUUCAAAAUUUAAUUUUAACAUUUCUGUUUAUGAAAUCCGCAUAAAUGGAAAUAGUUUGGAUUUAGAAUGUAAAAGAAAUAUUCCUGCUAUUUGCAGAUUAUUACUGUUUCCUAUAACUUUGUGAUGUUUUACUUACUACAGUUCUGAUAAUAUUAACUAUUUAAAAUACUUGUUCUUGAAAUAGUAAUGUUUAUUACAUGCAAGUGGCUAAUUAUAUUUAUAGUCUGGUAAUGGAUUUGUUUAUGGUGUGUAUUAACUAUUCUGUAUAUUGUAUGGUUAAGUGCAAUACAGUUUUUCCCUUAUUUGCUUUAUUUUUAAACAUAUGAAACUUCUGUGGUCUGUAACUUAAAUGAUUGAUAAUUUAGGAAGCCCAGUUUCUACUUCUGCAUUCAAUUAAAUAUUCUAUGGUGCUUGUUUUAAAGCUCCCUUUGGCCUAAUUAUGAAUGUAUGUAUGUAUUUUUGUGUAUGUAUAGAUACAUGUAUGCAUGUGUCCAUAUAUGUACAUAUAUUAUUAGUUCAGUACAUUGUUUAAAUACAACAUGUAAAUACUAAUUAUUUUUCUAAUAAAACCUUUAAGAGUGGUAAUGUGAAUUCUAGAAUAUGUUGCUUGUACAGAAAAAAAAUUUCUAUAGCUUUGUGGAUGUGCCUCUGUUUAAUAUCUCAUUUAAGACCUUAUAAAAUUUUUUUAAUGUUUUCUUUAUUUUUGAAAGAGAGACC